AUGGAGUAUGUGGGUGCGGGGAGUGGUACGAGUAGGUCUGUGUUAGAACAAGCUGAGGAUUAUGUUAAGGUCAGUUUAUUUUUAAUGUUUUUGAUUGAUUUAGACAUUUAUUCAUUUAUUCUGCAACAAUUUAAAUGA